ACACGCGCCGCUGCGGCCACUCCCGCGGGCUUUUCUGCAGCCACUCCCGCCUGCCGCCUCGCCGCCGGCCUGCCGCCCGCGACUCUCCUGCCGCCGCUGGGCCCGAGCCCGGCUCCUCCGUCCGCGCGAAGCACCGGGCGGCCGGGCGCGGGGCACUCCACUCUGCAGCCGCCGACGAAGCCGGGGGCGAUGGAUGAUGCGGCGCUUCUCGCUGGAGCAGGGGUGGCUGCCGCCGCGGCGGCGCCCCCUGCGGCAGCGGCCGGAGCCGCCGUGAUGGGCGUCUUCAAGUACAACUUCGCGGCGCAGUUCCUCUCGAGGGCUAUCCCAUUCGUGUUCAACAUCUGGUUCGUGCGCCAGCUCGGCGCGGACGACGGCGCGGUGUCGGCAUUCGCAUUGCAGCUUCCUCUAUUUAUGAACUGCAUAUUAUUUUUAAGCCGGGAGGGGUUUCGGCGUGCAUGCUUGCGUAAUGAUUCCCAGAGUGAUGUGCUGACUGAUGAAGCAAUACUAAAGGUAGCUUGGAUGGUAGUUCCAUUUGCCAUUGUAAUUACUUCUAUCGGCAGCCUGUUUGUGUUGAGGGUAAAGAAAUUGAAGCUAUCUGACCCCUAUGCCAAAGCUAUAUUGAUAAUCGGAUUUGCUUGUAUUCUGGAGUUACUGGCAGAGCCAUUGUAUAUUAUUUCCCAGAAAAAGAAGUACUAUAAUAUAAGAGUGUAUGCUGAACCGGCAGCUACACUCUUCCGUUGUUUAACAACUUUCAUCCUCGUAAAAGGACGUAUUAAAGUGCACAAGCUGGUUCUAGUUUCUUUGUCCCAGGUUGUCUAUGGGGCCUUCAUUUUCUUUGGAUAUUUGUCAUAUUUUCUUUUAUUUACUGAUAUGAAAAUUUCUGAUCUCCUUCCCAUAAGGUUAUUGAACCUGAUGGACUAUGAUAAACAGUUAUUGCACAUGUGCGUGCUGUUUACAGGCCAGACUUUCAGGAAGUUGAUCCUCCAAGAAGGCGAAAAAUUUGUUCUUGUGUCAUUUGAUACUCCAUACAACCAGGCCGCCUAUGGUCUUGUGGAUAAAUUAGGGAGUCUGGUUGUUCGGAUAGUUUUCUUGCCAUUUGAGGAGAGUUCAUAUACUACAUUUGCCCGAUUGGCAGGAGAAACUCCCCAAAAUAUAUCCAAUCUUGAAGGCUCUUUGCUUGGGGCUUUAAAGCUUAUUAUGCUAAUAGGUUUGGUGAUCAUUUCAUUUGGUCCUAGUUAUUCAUAUACCCUUCUAAAACUACUCUAUGGGGAAAGGCACAGUGAUAGAGAAGCCUCAGUUAUUCUUCGUUACUAUUGUUUUUAUAUCAUCAGCUUAGCAAUGAACGGCACAUCUGAAGCUUUUCUUCAUGCUGUUGCAAAUGAAAACCAGCUUAAGCAGUCAAAUGAUAUGUUGCUUCUAUUCUCGGUGAUUUACAUAAUUCUAAAUGUUGUUCUGAUUAAAUCUGCUGGAGCUCUUGGAUUAAUUGCUGCUAAUUCCUUCAAUAUGUUGCUACGAAUCACAUAUUCUUCAAUGUUCAUCAAAGACUAUUUCAAGGGCUCAUUCUCCUUCCGGCGCUGCGUACCAGCAGGAUGGGGCAUUUUACUCAUUUCUGGUCUGACCACAGUUUUCUCUGAGAGGGUGUUCUUGGACAGGAAGAGGUUUAAGCAGACUGUACCCAUUCACAUAGCGAUUGGCAUCAUGUGCCUGAGCAUCUCGUCAUUUGAGAUAUACCGUGGCGAAAAGCAGUUCUUGAGGCAGAUCUUCGGAACAUUGAAGCAUCAUGACAAAAGUCAAUAAUUUGAUAAGACACACACAGCGGCUUCCAUACACGUAGGUUGCCUUGACAUAAAGAGAAAUGUAGUAUAGUGGUUGUGUUAGUUGAUGGUGUGUAUUCAGCAGUUUGGUUUAUAGACAACGGAGGAGGAUUAAUCAGUGGGGGUAGAUAGCAACAUAUCUUUAUCUUUUUUAACCAGUGAGGUCUAUUCUUUUUGUCGGAAAGACAGUUUGUAAUGUGCUAGUAAUGCAUGGUGAGUCUCUACAGGUUCGAGGAAACACAAACCUACUGGGUGUUUUGAAAUCUGAAUUGAGUGCACGCAUUGCCAGGUCACU